AUGAGAUAUUCAUCGUCGUAUUCUUUGGAUAAAGCCUGUAUUUCUAUGAAGUCCAAUAAAGUGAUUACCGUUUACUAUCCCAAGACAUUUCCGGCAGUAAACGAACACUGCCCAGAGCAUCAGGUGUUGAGAAAAUGCCCAUGGCCUGGGCUUUUUGUUGAGGUAGGCAAACAGCGUAGAAAAUGAUCGGUAUUCCAGUAUAUUCAAAUGUUCGCCAGCUAUUCUCACUACCAGAUACGGCCUUAUGUUAAUGCGGAAUUGGAUGUUCUUGUAAAUGUAGGAAGCCUUGCCAUAGUUGUUUUUCUUUCUCGCUCAAAUCAAUCGUAUUUUAAUUACAGUGGGGGACCUGAUUUAGUGGUAAAAAACGGACCAUUUUGCAUCCGGGAAGCAUCAAAAAUGUGGCAAAAUACUUGCCUCUCCAAGUGAAAAAACCCGAUUUCAAAAGCGCGCCCGCUCUUUUUGUGAGGGAAAGGGCGCGCAUUUCAAAACGGAGUUUUUCUUAUUGUAGUGGGAGGUAUUUUGCCACAUUUUUGAUACUUCCCGGAUGCAAAAUGGUAUAUUUUUUGCCAUUGGAUCAGGUACCCCACUGUAUAGGCGCUUUCGAAUAUUUCUAGGAAAACGGCGACUGGCGAAUGGCAUUCGAACUACUUAGAAAUGGAACUAUUGAUACUAUUGCUUACGGAUUUAUGAAGACUGCCAUCAGACUAAAACAAUACGACUUCUCGGAUGUUCUAUACAAUGUAAUUGCCACAGAACUUUCUAUUAUUCCAGUUUAUGUUUAGUCUCCGAUAUACCCAAUACAUCGAAAGUCGUUUGGCGACACAGAGUCCACCUUCUCUUUCUUUACGAUCUACGGGAGGGAUGUUGUCCUCGCAUUGGGUUCGAUUAUCUUUCUCCAAGUGGCUUUUUACUUUACUCAUUCGAUGCUGUUCGAUGUUCAGCGCCGAUCUCCGUAUAACGCUGCGGUUGAUGUAAGCAACUAUUGAUAGGACUGUGUGGCAAAAAGAUGUCAAAAUGCAUCCCGGAUUCAAUGAAUUGCCUCUACAGUGGUGGACCUGAUGCAUUGGCCAAAAACGUACCAUUUUGCAUCCGGAAGUAUCAUAAAUGAAGCGAAAUACCUUCUUCUCCAAGUGAAAAACUCCGAUUUCAAAAGCGGGCCCACUCUUUUUGUGAGGGAAAGUGCGCGCAAAACGUGGUUUUUUUAGUUGGAGAUCGAGGCAUUUUGUCACAUUUUUGAUACUUCCCGGAUGCAAAAUGAUACGUUUUUUGCCACUGGAUCAGGUCCCUCACUGUAUUUGCAUCCCUUCGCUUACCGAGGAUAGUGUUUCUCAGACAGCCGUUUUCGGUCAGAGAUGGAUGCAAAGGGAGGUAUUUCAUUGCAUCUCAGAUGCGUUUGGAUGGUGUUUUUGCCACAUGAUCUGGUCCGAAGACUCAAUUCAGCCCCCUGAAGGUUCAAAUUAACCUCAAGUUGGCUUUUUUCAGUCUGUCUGGUCAGCGCUUGCCCUACAGCUUGGUCAGUCGACCAAAGGCAAUAAACGUUCUCGGGCAGUCAAUUUCAAUCGUCUAAUGUUCUCAUUUAUCAACACUCCAAUUUUGCUCGGUCUAUAUUCGACAUGGAUAGUGUCGAAUCGGCUUUCGGCGGAUACUGAUGGGACAAUCACCUCAUACCAGGACUUGAUCAACAAAUUGUCUAGUGGCCAAAAGUAUUUGAUAGAGUAUACGGGCACGGUCGACUGGUUUUUCGAGGAGAUUGAGUCGAGCAAUGUUUUCCCGUUCAAGGAUAUUCGAAAUACACUGCAACGUGAGCUUGUUUUUUACAAUUCUCAUCAAAUUCGGCAUAUCUCUCUUUCCGUAGCUUUGUAUCGACUUCUGGAAGUUUAAGCUCGUCCUAAUAUCAUCCUCUUCCAGGCAAUCCAACCCGUCGAGUCACAAUAAACCAGAGUUAUCAGCACCUGAACGACGGUGAUGGCGUUGCUCUGUUGCCUGAUGACACUCAAUCUUUCCAAAAAGUCCUCGAAUUGUGUAAUUUGGAAAAGAUUAAUACGGCGAUUGAAAGUAUCGACCGACGAUUUCUCCUACGGCAAAAUCGACCGGAUCGCCUGGUUCAGGACCUGAAUGCUUUCAUACGGAAGAAAGUGCCGGCGAUCGCGUUGGUCUACAACAAAUACAGGGGGCAGUUGACCAAAGGAAGGGCGCAGUGCGGAAGACGGCGUCCGGAUAGUAAGUUUCGCACGGUAGGAAGGAAGCGGAUAGCAUCAAACAAAUUUGAUCGUUAUACAUGGAAGACGUGAUCCGGUGUCAAAAAGCGUACCAUUUUGCAUCUGGGAAGUAUCGAAAAUGUGGCAAAAUGCUUCCCUCUCCCAAGUGAAAGAACUUCUUUUUGAAGAGCGCGCCGUUUUUCCCCACAAAAAGAGCAGGCGCGCUUUUGAAAUCUGAGUUUUUUCACUUGGAGAGGGAGGUAUUUUGCCACAUUUUUUGAUGCUUCCUGGAUGAAAAAUGGUACAUUUUUUGCCACUGGAUCAGGUCCCCCACCGUGUAAUGGUUUUGGAAUAUGCAGAUUCAUUUUUCCCUAACGUAAGAAUUUCCUGGGACCUUGAGUAUCGUUCAUUUCAGAUAGGUUUUAUAAUAUUUCACGCGGGUUUGGUAUUCUGAGAGACUGGCUGAAUAAAACCGAAUCUUCUGCCAUUUUACUGCCCUAUAAACACCCGCUAUUUUCAGCCCAACGUCCCUACCGCGGUCUGAUGUACGUUUGGCUUGGCCUCUGCGCCGCUUCCACGCUGGUCUUCUGCUUUGAAGUCCUUCUCAGUUUGCGUGGGAAACGUCUGAAACUCACCAAAAAAACGGCGAGCAUCGAACGCGACUCGCGCUUAGUAUUCGGCCCACUGGGCCGAGUGGGUGGAAAAUGA